AUGGCGUUUCCUCGGAUACGUGACCCUGGCCGAUGCUGGGAUCACUUUGGACGCACUAAAGACGCAGCUCCGAUGUCACUGGCUGCGUGCAGCUGCAGUUCUUCGACCGUCACCAAAGGCACGCAAGCAUUUCGAGUGCAGCAGACCGCCACGCGCGAGCAGGUCGUGGUCCAAGCAACUGCUCAUCUUCUGCUCCGUGCUUUUUCGUCACGAGCCGUCCAGCACUCGAUCCAAUCGGCAUUUUCGUUAGAAACGAGAGGUGUCGACAACCGACACGUUCGUGAGCGAUUUAUCGUAUUGCUGUCGGAUAUCUAUGAAAUACUGGGCGAUCUGUGCCGACUGAGUUCUCCUGACGUAGCUUCGGUAUUCCCGAGAGGUCACAUAUCCCUGCCAGCGCUGGUGGAUGAAGUGGUCUCGUUAAUCCACACACAGAGGCAGUUCACCGGGCUUCGAAGUGAGAUAUCAGCGCUGUUAAGGGCGCAGCUAGGACCGAUAGGGCAUCUCUUUGGUUGUUUUACAGCCCAGAUACAAGAGAUUAUAUUUGCUGCACAAAUAGGACCAGAUCAUCGCGUCCAAAAUACAGGAGGCGGCGAUGAGCCAUGGCGCGCAUGGAACCGCAGGUGGCUGCUAGAACCCGGCUCGAUCCAAGUUAUCAGCAUCCCUCAAGGUCACAAAGUAUACGUCAAACCAUCGCUGGUGGAAUUCUCGCGAUGGGUCUUCGAGUUCGCCUGCAUUGACCUGACAGUCGAUGAGAGUGGCUCACGGUUGUCUGUAUGCUCCGUGUUCCCGAUGGUAAAUGGGACUGCACCCACCGAGUUCUUCUUAGAUGGUCGUCUGCGAACUUUCCGAUCCACACCAAGCGGAAUUUCAUCGAUAUUGCUAACACCGGAGGGAUGGUCGAUUGGAGACUACGCCGCGAGGAUGUCAGGCCACACAAACACCAUUAAUUUUGAUUUUUACGCCCUUACAGAUAGUGAUUUAGACACAGGUUUCGCCGAUCAAGGUCGUCGUACUGGGCAGCGUGAGACGAGCACCACUGUGUGCUGGGUCAGCGUGACAUUCGCAGUGGAAGGCAAUUUACAGGCUGGGAAUCUGCCCGACGUACGCGAUCAUUUUAUCUUCUUCCGCACAGUUGUCGCUCAGGCAACAUACAACCCCGCGUCGUGGUCGAAUUUAGGGGCGAAGCUCUCCGAUAUGUCUACUGUGAGCCGAUCUCUUGUAUUUCGAGAGUUGCCCUGGACAGCAGAGCUUGAGAUUCAAGGAGGCUACGUCGCCGUCCCAGUCUGA